AUGGCAGAAAAGCCCUUAAAACGCCUCAGAGAAGGUACGCAAAUAGAAGACGAAGAAGAGACGAAACGUCGUCGGUCCUACAAUCACAUCCUCUCUCUACUUGAAGCAGAUCAUGAAGAGGAAGUCAACCAGGAUCUCUCUUCUUUAAUGGCAACACUCCAAGAAGAGAUAUCCUACGGGACUACCUCCCACCCUCCCCCUCCCGCCAAACAAAUUCCCUCUGAGGCUGAAACCAACAACCCCACUACUGCCGCGUCGUCUGCGGCUAGUGUUAAGGAUGAUGAAGAUGAGCAAGAGAAGGGAGCAGUUAUAAAGGACCUUUUUGAAGCAUCAGAUGAUGAACUAGGGAUUCCUCACAAAGAUAUCAGAGUAGGCGAAGAGGAAUAUGAAGGUAUCGACCCUGAAACUGGAACCGGUGCUGGGUUGUCUUGCUGGUACGAUGAUAGGUUCUGGGAGUUGGAUGAUGUGGCUGCCAAUUACUAUUCUUUUGUGCAGUCGGAGCUCUUCAUGUAA